AUGCAUCGCACCUAUUCUAUGCGCACCACCCGUGCGCCCACUGCAUCCCAGCUGCAGAGUCCGCCUCCGCCUCCCUCAUCCACCAAAUCCGGUCGCUUCUUUGGAAAGGGUAAUCUGGGUCAUGCCCUGCGCCGCAAUGCAGGUGGCGCCUUUGGCCCCGAUCUGGCCAAGAAGCUGGCGCAGCUCGUCAAGAUGGAGAAGAAUGUGAUGCGAAGCUUGGAGACUGUCGCCAAGGAGCGCAUGGAGGUUGCUCAACAACUGUCCAUCUGGGGAGAGGGCGGCGAUGAAGACGUUUCCGACGUUACCGACAAGCUUGGAGUAUUGCUAUACGAGAUUGGCGAGCUGGAGGAUCAGUACGUCGACCGCUAUGACCAGUAUCGUAUUACCAUGAAGAGCAUCCGCAACAUUGAGGCUUCCGUUCAGCCUAGUCGAGACCGCAAGCAGAAGAUCACCGACCAGAUUGCUCAGCUGAAGUACAAGGAGCCCAAUUCACCCAAGAUUGUCGUCUUGGAGCAGGAGCUUGUCCGUGCCGAGGCCGAGUCGCUCGUCGCCGAGGCUCAGCUCUCCAACAUUACUCGCGAGAAGGUCAAGGCUGCCUAUACGUACCAGUUCGAUGCUCUCCGUGAGCAUUGCGAAAAAGUUGCCAUCAUUGCCGGCUACGGCAAGCACCUCCUUGAGCUCAUUGACGACACCCCGGUCACUCCCGGCGAGACCAGGCAGGCAUACGACGGAUAUGAAGCUAGUAGGGCCAUCAUUCAGGACUGUGAGGAUGCCCUCACUAAUUGGGUUACGGCCAACGCCGCCAUCUCCUCCAAGCUCUCCACCCGCUCCCGCACUCUGUCCCAGCGCCGCCGCAACAACAUUCGGACCAGAAAUGAGGGCGGCCACGAUCUGUCUGCACAGGACGCUCCUCUGAAUGAUGGUGGCUCUUGGGUGGGACGCCACGGCGAGGAAAGCGAGGAGGAAGAGGAGGAGGAGGAGGUUGGCAGCGAUAUCAACGCUGAGGCUCGCGGCCGUACCAAGGAAGCUCUCGCCGCUUAA